AUGUCAAGAGUCAGAAAAUCAGGUGAUAAGAAUCAACAAAUCCUUAAAGCUUUAUUAAAAGAACCAGGUAAUUCACAUUGUGCUGAUUGUAAAACCGCUUCACAUCCAAGAUGGGCAAGUUGGAAUUUAGGUAUAUUUAUAUGUAUUCGUUGUUCAGGAAUUCAUAGAUCAAUGGGGACUCAUAUCUCCCGUGUAAAAUCAGUUGAUUUAGAUACUUGGACUAAUGAACAAGUUGAAUCAAUGGUUAAAUGGGGGAAUUCUAAGGCAAAUUUAUAUUGGGAAAAUAAAUUCCCCAAUGGGAAUCAUAUACCUGAUGAUUCCAAAAUUGAAAAUUUCAUAAGAACUAAAUAUGAUUUAAAGAAAUGGGCUGCCUCUAAAACUAUACCAGAUCCUUCAACUUUAUCAAAUGGAUCAAAUGGAUCCGGAACAAAUGGGUCUGGAUCUAUAAAUAAUGAAAAUAUAAAUAAUACCCAACAACAACAACAAGCACCUCAACAACAAAAAUCAAACAAUCUAUUAGAUUUAGAAUUUGGUUCACCAAUAGCUGCACCAAAACAAUCUUCACCUCAACAACAAUUACCAAAACCAUCAACAAAUCUUGAAUCUUUAAACUUUUCAAAACCAACACAACCUCAACAACAACAACAACAAACAUCUCAACCUCAACAACAACAACGAUCAUUAAAUCAAAGACCUGAUUUAAAGAAGUCUAUACUUUCAUUAUAUUCAACUCCUAUAUCAAAUUCCACACCAAAUUUACAAAAUUCUAAUAAUAAUCAAUUUAAUAAUUUUAAUUUAUCUCAAUCAACUUCAAAUUUAAAUAAUAUACAACAACAACAACAACAACAACAACAACAACAACAACAACAAAAUAAUGUUUGGAAUCAAUCACAACCUCAACAAAAUCCAAUCAAUUCUUUUGGAAAUCUUGGUUCAAAUCCUUUAGAUGAUGAUUUAUUUAAAAAUGUUUGGAAAUAA